AUGAUGAUGGCUAGUGCGAAACUGGUGAGGGACUGCAGCUCGGAGUUGAGUUCUGACGUGCGGUCUCUGUCUGUGGCCUCUUCCACGGAGGAGCAAGAGUCCACCACCACGGAGUCUGAAUACACCGAGGAAGAAAAGGAAUAUGAAUUAGAAGACCUCCAGAUUUUAAAAACUAUAGGUACCGGCACGUUCGGUCGCGUGUGCCUGUGUCGUGACAAAGCUGCUGAUGAAUAUCUGGCGAUGAAGAUAUUAUCUAUGGCCGACGUAAUCCGCCUAAAGCAAGUAGAUCACGUCAUGAACGAAAAGAACAUUCUCGCCGAAAUCAACCACCCCUUCAUAGUGAAUCUGCGGUGGUGGACACACGAUGACUCCUGCAUCUACAUGCUUUUCGACUACGUGUGUGGAGGAGAGCUGUUCUCGUACCUGAGGAAUGCCGGCAGAUUCAGCAACAGUAUCGGAAACUUCUAUGCGUCGGAAAUCGUGUCAGCCCUGGAAUAUCUCCAUGCCAGGAAUAUAGUUUAUCGAGACUUGAAACCAGAAAACCUACUUCUUGCCAGAGAUGGACAUUUGAAGAUAACAGAUUUUGGUUUUGCGAAGAAAUUAACAGAUAGAACUUGGACCCUGUGCGGUACGCCCGAGUAUCUAGCGCCAGAAAUCAUACAAAGCAAAGGACACAACAAAGCCGUUGAUUGGUGGGCCUUGGGCGUGCUGAUCUACGAAAUGUUAGUAGGGUACCCACCGUUUUAUGAUGACAAUCCAUUUGGUAUAUACGAGAAGAUCCUGAAUGGUCGUGUGGAGUGGCCUCGGCACCUGGACCCUGUCGCCAAGGACAUCAUCAAGAAACUACUCGUACAAGACAGGACUAAGAGGCUGGGAAAUAUGAAGUGUGGAACCGAAGACGUCAAGCGGCACAGAUGGUUCAAACACAUAGAUUGGGCUGACGUCUUCAUGAAGAAACUUCAGCCUCCCAUAAUCCCGGCUGUGUCGUACGAGGGCGACACCUCCAACUUCGACGAGUACCCCGAACAGACUGGAAGGCCGUGCGCUCAUUAGACUCCGACGAACUCAAACUGUUCGCCAACUUUUGA